CAUCAAUCUCCUCAAUCCCCAUUUUCGAAGGCAAAAGGCAAAGACAACCACGAUGAUGAUGAGGACAAACAAUGUUGGGUUGACUUGGAUUAGUAUCUUGUUGUUCUGUAGCAGUAUCUGCCAACUUCCGCUCGUAUGCGCCAGCAGCAGCACCGAGACGCCUUCUGUUGUUUCCGUUCGGGCAUUGGAUGAGUUUGGGAAUUCCGAGCAGAUUCAAAAUGCCCGUAAAGCUGCCUCGUUGCACGGCAGGUUGGUCGUUGCCGCCAGAGAUUCCUCCCAGAAUUGCACCAUUGUCCUGUCACUCUUGGAAGACCAUUCACCAUUGAAACCUAGUAGUAUUCUCUUGGAAGACGCUUACUCGAGAAUGCUACAGCUCCUGCACAACGAUCCAGAGCACAAAUUGGCCAUGGUUUGUUCUGGCUUGAGAGGCGAUGCCAAUUGGCUUUUGGAACGAGUCAGAGCCUAUUCUCACCGUGUAUGGACGCGGUACAAUGUCUUUUUGGGGUCUUCGGGAGCGGCCCAUGCCGUGUCACAAUACAUGCAACGAUUUUGGGGAUUCCCAGAAGAUGCCGAAUGGACACCGCAACUAUUGCUACAAGAAUGGAAGGGGAAUCAAGGAUCAUGGUCCAGACCUCUUGGCUUGGUGGUCAUGAUCGUAUCCAGCUCACUGCCCUACAUUUUUGUGGUGGAACCAUCCGGGAUUAUUCAGCAAUACUCGGCCUUUGCCAUGGGCAAGUACAGUGAUAGUGUUCUGGAGAAAUUGCCCACUGUCAUCAAUAAUGAUAAUGACACGAAGGAAAAUGAAGAAGACGAUCUGCAAGAGAAACUGAUAAAGAUCAUUCAGUCAGUGGUUCCAUCGACAAAGAAAGAUAGCCGUAUCCUUGUCGAAAUCAUGUCCGAAAAGGGCGUUUAUAGAACGGUAGUUGUUUCAUAGCAGCAGUUGUUUCGUAUUCCGUGCCUUCUACGGUACCACCAGUAUUAGUAAUUGACUUCUAAAGGUAUCCGAGCAAUAGCUACACAC